UUUUCACUUUAUCCAUUUAACUUCUGCAUCUAUAUCAUUCUGUCUCAGGGAUCUUGUAAGGAAACUCACUUACACAUUACUGCGAAGUGGAAGCUCUACUAGCCUCUUCUGAAUCGUGAUCUUCAAUAAUCAGGUAAUCGCUGACAAGCUGAGAUGGCUUUAGUCUCUGGAAGAAGUUCUGGUUUGAACCCAAAUGCUCCUCUCUUCAUUCCCGCUGCUCUUCAUCAGGUGGAGGAUUUUUCACCUAAAUGGUGGGAUCUUGUGAAAAAUUCUACAUGGUUUCGGGACUACUGGCUGAGCCAGCACAAAGAUGAGUAUGUUGGAGAAACUGCCAAUGACACAACAGUUGACGAGAUUGAGAAUAUGCUGCCAGAGAUGUUGGAUCUGGGCAUUGAAGAAGACAUCCAAGAUUUGGAAAAUGAGUUUGAGCAGUUUGUGAUGUGCUCUGAAGCUAAAGAUUCCCCAGCUUGGACUGAUCCUAAUGCUGGAACAAGGCCUCUUAACGGCAUGAAUGUGGAUACAAAAUCUCUUCUGAAGAAUCUGGCUGCACCAACAUCACCGAAGAGUCCCAAGUCCGCAGGUGGGCUUGCAAAGCAUCUUGAGAAGCCACCACAGCAUGUCAACUUGAAAUGUGCUCCUCGAAGAAUUCACCAGCCUCGUUGAAUUAAGGAAGCUCUCAAGAGCUUGGUAGUUGCUUGUUAAAUUGCAAGCUGCUGACAAAGAGUGGGUUCUCUUUAGAAAUAACUUUGUAAAUUGUGCAGUUCAGGGUCGUUGUAUUCCUAGUUCCCACUUGGCAGAUGUUUUGUAUAUUUGAUCUAGUCCUCGUACUUCUUCAGGUUGAAGCAUGACCUUUUCAAAAUCCUGUGCUGUUACUGGUUGGUUAAUCUUGAAUAUCAGAAUGAACUUUUGAAGCUUUA